GGCGGCGUCGAGCGGGUGGCUUAGGCUUACGAGAUUCGCCCAGUAAUUUCGAUCGAUAUUAUUUAUUGUUAUCGGGGACGGUGCUGGAUUUUGGUUUGUUGUCGGAUGCUGUCGUCAGCCGCCCUCAGCAACCCUUCCUUUUCCGGACGUUUCUGCAGCGUAUCGAUCGAUGCAUCGAGCUCAUAAACGAUCCGCACUAUAUAAACCAGUCAGACAACAACUUGCACCCAGCCAGCAUCGUUGUGCAGUUCUACACAUCCUACUGUCUCAGAUUCAUAACCACAAGCUGAAUGGUGCAAGUCUUGGAUUGCAUGAAGUCUUUACCAUAACAAUUGAGGGGAUACAGACGUUGAAAGCUUUCGCAGCCGCUAAGGUUGCGGAGGUUAAUGCGAAUAUUCACAGCGAGGAUAGGAGGAAGGCUGAAUUAGCCAAGAAGGCUGAGAUUACCAGAAAGCUCGAGUAUGAUAGGCAUAUUGAGGAGGCUAUAAAGGCUGCUCGUGCUAAGAGGCAGGAAGACGCCAAGAAGCUUGCGCAAGCUGAGAAGGCCAAGAAGGCGGAGAUGGCUAAGCUUGCUAAGAUGGCUAAGAAGGCAAAGAAGAAUGCUUCUGCUGCUUCUACUUCUUCUUCGAGUCCUUCAAAACCACGUGGAGGAGGAAAGAAAGAGAAGAAGCAGAUAUCGAAGAGUGCUGAAUGCAUCUCAGAGGAGAGCAUCUCUUCUGAUGAUGUGGCGGCCGGUCGUGGUUCUCGCAAACGUCGCGGACCUUGCUUCGCUAUCUUGAAGAGCUGCAUAAGAUCCGAUAUAAAGGAGUGCUUUAGCAAGUUCAAGUUCAGCAACAUGAUGGAGAUGUAUUUCGUUGACGGAUUCAAAGUGUUGCUCAGACGUCGCUACUCCACUGAAAUGCUCUAAUUCGAUGAAGCUCAAUUUCCAAAUGAAACUUUAGUCGCUUGCUAUAAAUCCAAAAAAAAAAACGCUUUAAGCUCAAUUGAAGAAAAUCUUCCAUGCAAAAUGCAGCAGUAGUAAGCUUUGUUCUUGGAAAAAUUCCUGCAUAAUUGAUUAAGUUGUUUGGAGAAAUCAGUAGAUCAAAACUUCUCAUUUCAAAUA